AUGCAACAGACCAUGCAAUUAGUAGCUCGACUGAACAACAUGGGAGUCGGCUGCUAUGAAGUCUCCAAGACUUCCGAAGCCGCUCAAUACUUUUGGGGCGCUUUUGAAAAGACCAACGAGCUCCUCUUCCUCUCUCUUCCUCGCACUUCAGUCCUCCAAUCCAAGCUCAUUUGUCAGAACAGCAAUGACUCUCUUUCCACCAAGAACAUUCAAAAAGACGAGUACGAUGAAGGCAUGAACACCUUCUCUGACAGUCCCGUCAUGAUCCAUGUCGACGUGUGUCUGCACGAAGCCACGGCGACUGUCCUCUACAAUAUGGGUCUCUUGCUGGCCCGUCUGGGAGAGAUUGAUGAAGCACUGACCUUUCUGCUUCGAUCUCUCAGCUUUGUGCAAGAUAACCACAAACCCAACGCCACUCUAUCGCCAGUGGCGCUGCUCAGCAACAUUGGCAACUUGCAGUACCGCAAGGGCAAGUACGAAGAAGCCAUCCUCACCUACUCCAAGGCGUUGGUGGCUGCCCGAUCCGCCGCAGUCGUCGGUGGCUCUCAUCAAAUGCUGGAGGUUGCCGCCACCUUGAACAGUCUCGGGGUCCUCUACUUUCACAUUCCCACCGUGGAUGCCAACAAGGCAUCCAAGCUCUUUCACGAGUCCCUGUCCAUCUACCGCGCGGUCCUGGGCUUUGAUGCUGCCGCCAAAGAGAUUUCCACCUGCUUGAAUAACAUUGGACGUGUGCACUACAUGUCCAGAAGGCAUGAAGAAGCCGUCCAACUCUACGCCGAGUCCCUGGCCAUGCGCCGACGUCUCUUUGGCAAUGAACACUUGGAUGUCGCGGCCACCAUUUGCAAUGCCGGUCAAGCCAAACAUCAACUCGGACAGUUGGAUGAGGCCAUGGCACUCUAUCAAGAGUUCUUGCACAUUGCCAAGAUUCGUCUCAGCUACCACCACAGGGAUGUGGUCAUUAUCCUCAAGUGCAUGGCGCAAGUGUACCACGAGAAGAAGGACUACAACAAGGCAAGCGAGUUGUACGAUGAAGCGCUUCGAGUUGGCCGCAUUGCCUUGGGCCGAGAUCACCCCGAGAUUGCUUCCAUCUUGAACAAGCAAGGAAACCUCAACUACGAAAAGGGACACCACAAGGCCGCCAUUGACACCUACCUCAAGGGACUGGAAGUGGAAAAGGCCGUCUUUCAUGCGUUCCAUCCAAACAUUGUCAUUACCCUCACCAAUGUCGGACAGUGCCACAAGAUCUUGGGAAACUUUGAGGAUGCUCUUCGCUACUACAAAGAAGCCGUUGAUAUCCAACGCCAAACAUUGAGCAGCUCGGACCCCAACAUCUCCUCCACACUUGCAGUCGUCGGAUUGAUCCACUAUCAAAGCGGCAACUUCACCACGGCUUUGGACGUGUACCAAGAAGCACUGCGCAUCCAACGUGAUGCCCACGGCGACAACAAUCUUGACGUGGCAACCACUCUUAACUUUGUUGGUUUGGUCCUCUACAAGUUGCAAAUGUACGAUGUUGCCUUGCAGAGUUUCCACGAGAGCUUGCGCAUCCGUACCGACCUCUUGGGGCGGAACCAUCGCGACGUGGCGGUUGUGACCUACAAUGUGGCGACCAUUUACCUGGAACAAGGCAACGAUGAAGAGGCCAUGCCCUACUACAGGGAAACACUGCGUGUGGAACAGGCUGCGUUGGGUCCCAAGCACAAGGCGGUCUUGGAAACCAUGGAACACAUUGCCAGGGUCCAUCAACAGCGAGGAGAGCUGGAACAAGCCUUGAAAUAUUAUUCGGAUGUUUUGGAGAUCCAAACGACAGCCCCUGAGGUGGACGCUCGUGCAUGUGCCAAAACAUUGAAUAACAUUGGCAACAUCUUCUUGCAGUGGGGCAAGACACCAGAAAUGAUGCAGGCCAUGGCACAGUCUGUCAGAUACUUACGGGCAGCCGGUGAAAGCGACGAUGAUGUCGUCAUUUCUGGCUUCAACUUUUACGGCUUGGCCCAGUUGCAUCCUGAAUGUGCUCCUGUGGCAUAA